AAGGUGACGUACGGUGUAAAGAAAAAUGGGUCCUUAACCGUCCUCGGAACGACACCUUCCCUCUCGGCGCUCGACGCUCGACGCUCGACGCUCCUUUCGACUCCUUUCACCCUUCAAAACCCUAGCUUUCCCCUCGCCAUGCCAUGGCCGCUCUUCCUCUUCCUACCCCGAAGGCCCUAACCCUAACCAUAACUACCUCCUCACUGUUCCUCUCCUCCCUUUCCUCCUUCUCCGCCAUCUCCCCUCAAACCCGUCCCCCGCUCUCCUUCGACCUCCUCUCUCAUGGGUCCCCUCUCCCCCCCAUUCCCUCCACCUUCCCCCGCCACAAGCUCAUCCCCAACUCUCGCUUCGUUGUCGACGGCUUCCGCUCCGCCGGCGACUUCUCCGUCUCGUACUUCCUCUCCCACUUCCACUCCGACCACUACGCCGGGCUAAACCCUAGUUGGUGCGAGGGGAUUAUCUUUUGUUCGGAGGUCACCGCCCGCUUACUCAAGGAAAUCCUCAGAGUCCCGCAUUUCUUCGUCGUCCCGCUCGCCCUAGGCGAGACGGUGGGCAUUGACGGGUGGGAUGUCACGCUGGUUGACGCCAACCACUGCCCCGGAGCCGUCCAAUUCCUCUUCAAGGGCCCUCGCGGGUGGGACGGGCAGCGGAAUGCGAAUCCAGCAAGGUACGUCCACACCGGGGACUUCCGUUUCUGUGAAUCGAUGAAAUCUGAUUCCAAUUUGCGUGAAUUUGUUGGUUCUGAUGCUGUCUUCUUGGAUACCACUUAUUGUAAUCCAAAAUUUGUGUUUCCGUCGCAAGAGGAAUCGGUGGAAUAUGUUGUGCGAACUAUUAGAAGGAUUAGGGAUCAGAACAAGGGAUCUUCGGAGUCCAUCCUCUUCUUGAUUGCCACUUAUGUUGUUGGGAAAGAGAAGAUUUUACUUGAGAUUUCGCGUCAAUGUGAUUGCUUAUUACAUGUGGAUAGCAGAAAGAUGGCUAUUUUGUCUGUCUUAGGUUUUGGUGAGACGGGGGUUUUUACAGAGGAUGCCUCAGCUAGCCAUAUUCAUGUAAUUGGUUGGAAUCUCUUGGGUGAGACUUGGCCUUACUUCCGGCCCAAUUUUGUGAAGAUGAAGGAGAUUAUGAUAGAGAGAGGAUACUCGAGGGUGGUGGGUUUUGUUUCGACUGGGUGGAUGUAUGAGACGAAAAGAGACGGUUUUGCGGUGCGGGUGAAGGAUUCACUUGAGAUUCAUCUUGUCCCCUAUAGUGAACAUUCAAACUAUGAUGAGUUGAGAGAGUAUGUGAGGUACUUGCGGCCGAAACGUGUCAUCCCCACAGUAGGAGUAGAUGUUGAGAAGUUUGAUGGAAAGUAUUCUAUUGCUUUGAGAAAGCAUUUUGCAGGAUUGGUAGAUGAAAUGGCAAACAAGCAUGAAUUUUUGGGGGCUUUUCAUCAGAAGUUGGGGGUUGCUACUCAGAGUGCUGAAAAUGAUGUUGCCUGCAGCUCAAACCAGCAAGCGGAGGAAGAAGCAAGAAAUUCAGCCCCCUUGGUAUCAGUAAGUUUGGGGAAAGAUUCUGAUUUGGAUGGCCUAAAUUGUCUGAAUGACAUGGAAGUGGAAGGAGCCAGAAAGGAGCUUCGUGAUUUUCUACCAUCAUGGGUCACUGAAGAGCAGGUUCUAGAUCUGCUAAAGUACUCAGAUGGAGAUAUUGUAAAAGCUGUUUCAGUGUUCUUUGAAUGUGAGAGAGAUCUUUAUGAGGAAGCAAGUUCUUGUUCUGUGUCAAUACCGAGCUCUCAGAAAAGCAUGCCCACCGACUUAGAUACUGUUGUUGCGAAGGUUACCGAAGAAGGACCUAAAUAUAGUCCAAAGAAAUCAUUGGUUCACGUUAUGAAGCCAGUGAACCGGAAUUCAACCAUAAGCAGUUCAAAUUUGCCGAAGAAACGAAGUUCUGGCAGUGGAAACAGGCCAAAAAAGAAAGGAAAGUCUGUUGUGACUGUAGAAUCCAGCGGAAGCAAGCAGUCCACGAUCACAAAAUUUUUUGGAAGAGUUGCACCUACUGUUUCUUGUAACGACAGUUCUGCUAAUAUUAAUGGUGAUCGACACCAGAACAUUGGGGACCGGCAGGGAAGUGAUACUGUUGAGAUGCACAUGCAGGAGGUAGAUCAAUUUCUUCAGAUAAUAGAUGGUGGUAUGGCUAGGGAAGCUGCACUCUCUUUGCUGGAGAAGGCAAAAGGAGAUAUUAAUCGAGCAGUUGAUAUGUACUACAGAAAUCAUAGUGAUGUAUGUAGUGGUGAGAGGAAUACUGUUCCUUGCAGUACAACUGUUGACAUUUACGCUAGUCCUAAUAAUUGUAAUGAAAAGUCUAGUAAUUCUAAAGCAAAGGCGACCUUUUCAAAUUUGUACAUAAAGGGGUGUUUAACAGGGGACACAGCCGUGGCGAAUGUAUCUUUACCAAUUGAAAAAUAUUUACCUGUUGAUCAUGCCUGCUGGAAGGCUGGACAGCCUGCUCCUUUCUUGCACUUGGCUCGCACUUUUGAUCUGGUGGAACAAGAGAAAGGAAAGAUCAAAACUAAUGCUAUGCUUUGUAAUAUGUUCAGAAGUUUGCUUGCAUUGUCGCCGGAUGAUGUGCUGCCUGCUGUUUAUCUAUGCACAAACAGAAUAGCUGCUGACCAUGAAAACAUGGAACUGAAUAUUGGUGGUGGUCUGGUUAUAACUGCUCUACAAGAAACAUUUGGGACAAACAGGGCUAGAAUAAAAGAAAUGUAUAAAACUUCUGGUGAUCUUGGUGAUGUUGCACAAGAGUGUCGUCAAAAUCAAUCAGUGCUUGCUCCUCCUCGUUCCCUUUCUAUUAGUCAUGUGAUUUCUGUGCUUCGCAGAAUAAGUUUAACAACAGGUAGUGGAAGUGCUGGCAGACGAAAAACUCUUGUCAUAGAUCUUAUGCGUUCUUGUAGAGAAAUGGAGCUGAAAUUUCUUGUUAGAGCAUUGGUUCGUAAUUUGCGUAUUGGGGCCACGAUGAGAACUAUUUUACCAGCACUUGCGCAUGCUGUGGUGCUGCACAGCUGCUCCCCAUCGGAACCUGUAUUUAUUUCAGAGGCCCUAAAAACACAGAUGCAGGGUAUUUCUGCAGAAGUUGCUCACGCCUACAACGUUCUUCCUAAUCUGGACCUACUUAUCCCUUCCCUUCUGAGUAAAGGCAUUACAUUUUCAGCUUCUACUUUAGCAAUGGUUCCAGGGACACCUAUUCCUCCUAUGCUUUCUCGGAUUACUAAUGGUUUUGUUGAGGUGUUAAAAUUAUUCCAGGGUAGGGCAUUUACCUGUGAGUACAAGUAUGAUGGCCAGCGUGCCCAAAUUCAUAGAUUACCUGAUGGAUCUAUACGAGUUUUUUCACGGCAAAUGAAAGAAUCGACAUCUCGCUUUCCUGAUUUGAUUAGUGUAAUUAGAGAGUCGUGCAACCCCACAGUUCAGACAUUUAUAGCGGAUGCUGAGGUUGUAGCAAUUGAUAGGAAUGGAAGCAAACUUAUGUCUUUCCAAGAGCUAUCUUCACGGGAGCGAGGAAGCAAAGACUCCUCAGUUUUAUUGCAUAACAUUAAGGUUGACAUUUGUGUAUUCAUAUUUGAUAUCAUGCUCUACAACGGAGAGAGCUUGGAACUAGCAAAGGAAACAACUGUGGAGGCUGAUGAAGCUUUUCCAGACAAUCAGGAUACAUUGCAUAAGAUCAGCACUUUCUUUGAAGAAGCAUGUAGCUCUUUUUGUGAAGGAAUAAUGGUUAAGACUUUAGAUUGUAAUGCAGGAUAUUUUGCUUCUAAACGUAGCGAGGCCUGGUUAAAGGUAAAGCGUGACUAUGUGGAAGGUUUCGGUGAUACCCUUGAUUUAGUUCCUAUAGGAGCGUGGCAUGGGAAUGGACGAAAGGCUGGGUGGUAUAGUCCAUUUCUUAUGGCAUGCUAUAACCCUGAGACUGAAGAGUUUCAAAGUGUGUGCCGUGUCAUGACUGGCUUCUCAGACUCUUUCUACAAAGAGAUGAAAGAGUAUUUUUCGGGUGAGAAGAUCUUGGCCAAGAAGCCACCUUAUUAUCAAACAGACGAAGUGCCAGAUUUCUGGUUUGCCUCUGAACUAGUCUGGGAAAUCCGUGGCGCUGACCUCACAGUAUCUCCGGUUCACCAUGCGGCUGUUGGUUUAGUUCAUCCAUCUCGAGGUAUCUCGGUGCGACUUCCGAGGUUUGUACGUUCUGUCCCAGACAGGAAGCCAGAAGAUUGCAGCUCGGCUGUUGAUAUUGUCAGCAUGUUUAAAUCUCAGACUAGAAAGAUGGAGGUGAACUAGGCCUCUCAGUUACGAGUUCCUGAUGAAUGGAUUCUCAACUAGUUGACCUGUCUUCCUCCUCCAAGGCCCUCGACUUGCUGCCAAAGGUCGGUAUUGAAAGAAGGCAGCAGGGUUAGACUUUCCUCUAGAGCGAAGCAUUUAUCUCGGAAUGCUCACACCCCUAUCAACUAUUGCACUAAACGAUAUAUAUCUAUGAUGUUGAUUAAGGGUCGAGGUAAGGAGUCGAGCUGAAUUAAAAUAAUUAAUGUACAGUAAUAGAGCGAUAGAGAGUUGAGCUGGAGUAUGCUUAUGUUAUAAACCACAUGCGUUAAGGACAAAAUAGCUACUAAAUUGAAGUACUAUAGUUCAAAGAUUUCUUAAAGUAGUUUCGAAUAUCCUAGUGCAUAAAAUUAUUUUGUCUGCUACUUUUGAGAUACAAAUCAUAUACGUUCUCACCCGAACAGCAUUAAUUCUGUUAUGUGCAGAUUUUCAAAACCUUCAAACCAUAUCUGUUCUUGCGGUGGUUUGUUGGGUUCUUCCACCUUACUACCAAGCACCAUAGAUACCAGUAAAAAAAUAAAGAAAAAAAAAAAA